UUAAGUCUUAAUUUGUCUUUAGCUGGUUGUGAUGAACAGAAAGAAAAGGAAUUAAAAUGCAUGAAUCCUUCUAGAGAGAGAGAGAGUUAUCCAAACUGUUCAUUAUAUUUGGUGUGUUUGAAACUUGAGGCAUCUUUUUGUGGUGAGGUGGGAUGUUUUUUUUUUCUUUUGGCAGCUGUGAUGUGAGUGGGUGCUGCAUUGCCAAUCACCGUCUGUCUUUAUGUGAACAACAAACUGCUGUCAGUGUUUUAAAGGAAAUAUUAUUCUCAGCAUCUCCUAAAAUGUUAUUCUAAGGCUUUCUGUAAUGUAUUCAUUAUUAUGAGUGUUUGUCUUUGGGCGGAAACGGUUAACUCCAUAAUGAGAAGGAGUGUGUGUGUGUGUGUGAGGGGGCUGGGUUUAAACGCGCAGUUGUGCCAGUGGCGGCGUACACACACACACACACUCACUACUGUACAUUGAUGGAGCCGCUAAUCUAUGUCAGUCCGGCAGAGCUCCUGUGAGAAAGCACCGCUGCGGGUCUGAACUGACGCUGCGAAAUUUUUUACCACCGUCGGGAACGGAUGGCGAGCCCGGUCACCGCUUCGGUUGCGCAUAUAACCAGCACUGUGCUGUAGCCUGGAGGAGGAGAAGGAGGAGGAGGAGGAGGAGGACGUUUGAAUCCCCUGAACUGAAGGAAUGUGCCGUUUCGGUGACACGGUUUUAGUAAAGUAACAUUCGGUUCAGAUGGUGACGGCUCCGCUGCGAAGUUUACGCACCGCGUUUGUCGGUAAUGAAGGUUUGUGCUUGAAUGAAUGACGCCGCCGCCGCCGCCGCUGCUGCCGCCGUCGCUUAACAGGUUUCCAAGGCGGAUUUGGAAAAACUAGUGACUGUUAAAUUAUUCAAGCAUCUCCGGGAAAGCUUUGACCAGAAUAGAGCAUUUGGAUUUUUCUUUUUUUUUCUCUCCACUGUGGAUGUGAGUCCGAGCGCAUCAGUUUAAAAUAAAUUAAAAAAUCCCAGAACAGCAGCAGGAGCUGGAUCUGGAUCUGGAGGGGAAGAGAGAAGAGGAUAUAAACCGGGAGAUCCAGUUUAAAUGAAGAGAAACAUGUGAAGAGCCUCGCGAGGAUUUGACCUGCAAGUUAGCCUUCAACAACAAAAAGGCCAAGGUCUCCUCCCUUCUUCCUCCCUCAUCCAUUCUCUCUGCUUCCUCUGCAGUUUCCUUGCAGGCCCGUUAAACAUGGUGGGCCGGCGGGCAACACGCAGGACUUUAUCACCUGACCCUAAAGUAGGAGCUACAGCCACUCUGCUAGGCUUCUGGUUCUUAGUGAUACCAGCCCUGUGCAGUGGGCAGACAUUCACUAGUUUCCACCCUGAACGUCGGGACUGGGUCUUCAACCACCUGACUGUUCACCAAACCACCGGGGCAUUAUAUAUUGGAGCAGUCAACCGUGUGUACAAGCUCUCAGGCAACCUGACCCUCCUUGUUUCCCACGAUACAGGCCCAGAGGAUGAUAACAAGGCCUGCUACCCCCCUCUGAUUGUCCAACCCUGUUCCGAGCCCCUUGUCUCUACCAAUAAUGUCAACAAGCUUCUCCUCAUUGAUUACUCCCAAAACCGGCUGCUGGCCUGUGGCAGCCUCUACCAGGGUGUCUGUAAACUCCUCAGAUUGGACGACCUCUUUAUCUUAGUGGAGCCCUCCCACAAGAAAGAGCACUACCUCUCCAGUGUCAACCAGACUGGGACAAUGUAUGGGGUCAUUGUGCCUUCACAGGGCCAGGAUGGCACCCUUUUUAUUGGCACAGCAGUAGACGGAAAACAGGACUACUUUCCUACCAUCUCUAGUCGAAAGCUGCCCCGUGACCCCGAAUCAUCUGCUAUGCUUGACUAUGAAUUGCACACUGACUUUGUGUCCUCCCUCAUCAAGAUACCCUCUGACACCCUGGCUCUGGUCUCACACUUUGACAUCUACUAUGUUUACGGCUUCGCCAGUGGCAGCUUUGUUUACUUCCUGACCGUCCAGCCUGAGACGCCAGAGAACAGCAUGUCAUCGAGCGGCUCCACCAGUGACCUCUUCUACACUUCUCGAAUUGUCCGCCUCUGCAAAGACGAUCGAAAGUUCCACUCCUACGUCUCUCUCCCCGUUGGCUGUGUGAAGAACGGCGUCGAGUACCGGCUACUGCAGGCCGCCUACCUCGGCAAGCCGGGCCGCGUUCUCGCCGCCUCGCUCAACAUCAGCGCCCAAGACGAUGUGCUCUUCACCAUCUUCUCCAAGGGCCAGAAGCAGUUCCACCGCCCGCCAGAUGACUCAGCGCUCUGCGUGUUCACCAUCCGAGACAUCAAUGCACGAAUCAAGGAGCGCCUGCAGUCCUGCUACCAGGGAGAAGGCAACCUGGAGCUCAACUGGCUGCUUGGGAAGGAUGUGCAGUGCACCAAAGCACCGGUGCCCAUUGACGACUCUUUCUGUGGCCUGGACAUCAACCAGCCGCUCGGUGGUUCUCAGCUGGUGACCGGUCACACUCUCUACACCGAGACUCGAGACCGCAUGACUUCCGUCACCUCCUACGUCUACAAUGGCUACUGUGUAGCCUUUGUGGGCACCAAGAGUGGACGUCUAAAGAAGAUACGAGUCGACGGGCCUCCGCACGGCGGCGUCCAGUACGAGACGAUAUCGGUCAUCAAGGACGGCAGCCCCGUCCUGCGAGACAUGGCCUUCUCCCUCGACCGCAACUACCUCUACGUCAUGUCUGAGAGACAGGUCACCCAAGUUCCCAUCGAGUCAUGCGAGCAGUACGGGACCUGUGGAGAGUGUUUGAGCUCCGGGGAUCCACACUGCGGCUGGUGUGUCCUGCAUAAUAUCUGCUCUCAGAGGAACCGGUGUGAGCGCGCAGACGAGCCGUACCGUUUCGCCGCCUCUCUCAACCAGUGUGUGAAGGCCACCGUGUACCCGGACAGCAUUGCGGUGUCGGAGCCAAGCGUUCCCCUUCUCGUGAAGGUGAGCCACGUUCCCGACCUUUCUGCGGGCAUCACCUGCUCCUUUGGCAACCUGACGGAGGUGGAAGGGCAGGUCAAUGGCAACCAGAUACUCUGCGUGUCUCCUGCCGCCAAGGAUGUCCCUCUCAUCCCCACCGACCAAGAUUGGUCCGGCGUUGAGCUGAGGCUCAAUUCGAAGGAAACGGGUCAGAUGCUCAUCAGCACAGAGGUCAAGUUUUACAACUGCAGCGUCCACCAACUGUGUCUAUCAUGUGUGAACAGUGCCUUCCGCUGCCACUGGUGCAAGUACCGCAACUUGUGUACCCAUGACCCCUCCAGCUGCUCCUUCCAGGAGGGACGAGUCAACGCGUCUGAGGACUGUCCCCAGCUGGUGCGCUCUGGGGAGAUUCUGAUCCCAGCGGGGGAGGUGAAGCCUAUCACCCUGAAAGCCAGGAACCUGCCCCAGCCCCAGUCUGGCCAACGCGGCUACGAGUGUGUCCUCCACAUCCAGGGGGUCAGCCACCGAGUAACAGCCCUCCGCUUCAACAGCUCCAGCGUGCAGUGCCAGAACAGCUCGUAUCUGUACGAGGGAAUGAAAAUCAGCGAGCUGCCUGUGGAUUUCUCGGUGGUGUGGAACGGCAACUUUAUUAUUGAUAACCCGGAGAAUAUCCAAGUGCACCUGUACAAGUGCGCGGCCCAGCGGGACAGCUGCGGCAUGUGUCUGAAGGCGGACAGGAAGUUUCAGUGCGGCUGGUGCAGCGGAGAGGGAAGGUGCACCCUGCGGCACCACUGCCCCCCCAUCAACCCUUACACCACCCGCUGGCUGAACCUGUCCAGCAAGAACGUCAAGUGCACCAACCCACGCAUCACCGAGGUGACCCCAGUGGCUGGACCUCCGGAGGGAGGCACGCGCGUGACCAUCCAUGGCACGAAUCUCGGCCUGGCCUUUUCGGACAUGGUGGGCAACGUGGAGGUGGCGGGGGUGAGGUGCACGCCCGUGGAGGACGGCUACAUCAUCGCCGAGCAGAUCGUGUGCGAGAUGGAUCCAGCUCCCGCUGAAAGCAGACCCGGUCCGGUCCAGCUGUGUGUGGGAGAGUGCAGACCAGAACUCAGAGCUCGUUCCUCACAGCUCUACUCCUUUGUGACUCCCUCAGUCACAGGUCUGUCUCCGAGCCGAGGUCCAGAGUCCGGGGGCACCAAAGUAACCAUAAUGGGGGAAAACCUUGGCGCCGGCAGCAGCGUCAACGUUCAGUUUGGAAACCAGACGUGCGAGUUCUUCGGACGGACCAUGACGGAGAUAGUGUGCUACUCCGCCCCGUCCCUGUCUGGGGUCGGCCCGGUCCAAAUCAGCGUAAGCGUGGAUCACGCCCAAAUCAGGGAGAGCCUCACCUUCGAGUACAUAGAAGAUCCCACUGUCCAGCGCAUUGACCCGGACUGGAGCAUCGCAAGUGGCCACACACCUCUGAUGGUGACAGGGACCAAUCUGGACGUGGUUCAGGAGCCCAGGAUCAGAGUCAAAUACGCUGGCCGAGAGUCUGUCAACGUGUGUAAAGUGUUGAACACCACCAGCAUGAGCUGCUUCGCUCCCUCCCUGAUGGCAGAGUACCUUCCCGGUUUGGACACGGUAAAGCACGCCGACGAGUUCGGGUUCAUCUUCAACAACGUCCAGGCGCUGCUGGUCUACAACAACACCAACCUCCUCUACUACCCAAACCCUUACUUUGAGCCUCUCAGCACCAACGGUGUCCUGGAGCAGAAACCAGGCUCCCCCAUCAUUCUCAAGGGCAGAAACCUGGUUCCUCCGGCGUCAGGAGGGGUGAAGCUUAACUACACCGUGCUGAUAGGAGAGACUCCCUGCUCUGUCACCGUGUCUGAGAGCCAGCUGCUGUGCGAGCCGCCCAACCUCACCGGACAAUACAAAGUCAUGGUUCAGGUAGGCGGUCUCCACGUCUCUCCCGGCUCGGUCCACAUCAUGUCCGACAGCCUGCUGACCCUGCCCGCCAUCGUCAGCAUCGCCGCCGGCGGAGGCCUCCUCCUCAUCAUCGUCAUCCUCGUCCUCAUCGCCUACAAGCGAAAGUCCCGAGAGAACGACCUCACCCUGAAGCGCCUGCAGAUGCAAAUGGACAACCUGGAGUCACGAGUCGCCCUGGAGUGCAAAGAAGCCUUUGCCGAGCUGCAGACAGACAUCAAUGAGCUGACCAGUGACCUGGACAGAGCCGGUAUCCCCCAUUUGGACUACAGGACAUACGCUAUGAGGGUCCUCUUUCCCGGCAUCGAGGAUCAUCCUGUCCUCCGAGAACUGGAGGUGUCAGGGAAUGGCCAGCAGAAUGUAGAGAAGGCCCUGAAGCUGUUUGGCCAGCUCAUCAACAACAAAGUGUUCCUGCUCACCUUCAUCCGAACGCUGGAAAUGCAGCGCUCUUUCUCCAUGAGGGACCGCGGCAACGUGGCCUCACUUAUCAUGACUGCCCUGCAAGGGCGACUGGAGUACGCCACCGACGUCCUUAAACACCUGCUGUCGGACCUCAUCGACCGCAACCUGGAGAGCAAGAACCACCCCAAACUGCUGCUGCGCAGAACGGAGUCGGUUGCAGAGAAGAUGCUCACAAACUGGUUCGCCUUCCUCCUUCACAAAUUCCUCAAGGAGUGUGCCGGGGAGCCUCUGUUCAUGCUGUAUUGCGCCAUCAAGCAGCAGAUGGAAAAAGGGCCCAUCGACGCCAUCACCGGAGAGGCCCGCUACUCCCUGAGUGAAGACAAGCUCAUCCGUCAGCAGAUCGAGUACAAAACCCUGAUCCUAAACUGCGUGAACCCCGACAACGAGAACAGUCCGGAGAUUCCAGUCAAGGUGCUGAACUGUGACACCAUCACCCAAGUGAAGGAGAAGAUACUAGACGCCGUUUACAAGAACAUGCCCUAUUCUCAGCGGCCGCGUGCUGUCGACAUGGACCUCGAGUGGCGCCAGGGGCGAAUGGCUCGCGUGGUGUUGCAGGACGAAGACAUCACCACCAAGAUAGAGAACGACUGGAAGAGACUCAACACUCUCAUGCACUACCAGGUGUCAGACCGCUGCGUCGUGGCUUUGGUGCCCAAACAGACCUCGUCGUACAACAUCCCAUCCUCAGCCAGCAUAUCCCGCACCUCCAUCAGCAGAUACGAUUCUUCAUUCCGCUACACGGGCAGUCCCGACAGCCUCCGUUCACGCGCUCCCAUGAUCACCCCCGAUCUGGAAAGUGGCGUGAAGGUGUGGCACCUGGUGAAGAACCACGAACACGGAGACCAGAAGGAAGGCGACCGCGGUAGCAAGAUGGUCUCCGAGAUUUAUCUGACCAGGCUGCUAGCUACCAAGGGUACACUACAAAAAUUUGUGGACGAUCUAUUCGAGACGUUGUUCAGUACGGUUCACCGAGGGAGCACUCUUCCCCUCGCCAUCAAGUACAUGUUCGACUUCCUGGACGAGCAGGCGGACAAACACGGCAUUCAUGACACAGACGUACGCCACACAUGGAAAAGCAACUGCCUCCCGUUGCGUUUCUGGGUAAACGUGAUCAAGAACCCGCAGUUUGUGUUCGACAUCCAUAAGAGCAGCAUCACAGACGCCUGUCUGUCUGUGGUUGCUCAGACCUUUAUGGAUUCGUGCUCCACUUCAGAGCACCGCCUGGGCAAAGACUCCCCAUCCAAUAAGCUGCUCUACGCUAAAGAUAUCCCCAAUUACAAGAGCUGGGUAGAGAGGUACUACGCCGACAUCAACCGGCUGCCAGCCAUUAGCGACCAGGACAUGAACGCCUAUUUGGCAGAACAGGCCAGACUCCACUCCACAGAGUUCAACAUGCUCAGCGCCCUCAACGAGAUCUACUCUUACGUCAGCAAGUACAGCGAGGAGAUCACGGCAGCCCUGGAGCAAGACGAACAGGCAAGGAAGCAGAGGUUGUCCUACAAGGUGGAGCAGCUCAUCUCUGCCAUGUCGCUCGAGAGCUGAGAGCGACCGAGAACGAGAACGAGAGAGAGAGACAGGACCACGAUCUCUACAGGACCUCCCAAAAUGAAAAAAAAAUGAAAAAAGGUCCCGCAUUACUUAUACCUCUCAUUGUGGGAGCUAGAACCAUGAACCAGACCUGGGACCUCCCUGCAUCCACAGCUGGACAGACAUACAACUGCUUUAGUUUGUAAUUCUCCCACCUCCUUCCAUGAUGGCGCCAGUUAAGGGGCCAACGAACUUAAGAUAGAGGGGCCCUGCAGCUGGAGCUAAUAAUGACAUAAGGAAGGAACAUCAGCGGGGAAAGGCAACAACAUGGCUUGUAUUUAUUAUUAUUUUUUUUGUUUGUUUGUUUCUUUUUCUCAAAGGAUAUUUUCUCUCAGUUUGACAGGAAAUUGUACGUCGUCGUGUGUGGGUGGGUGUGUGUGUGCGCGGGCGUGUGCAUGAGUGUGUGUUUGUGCCGUGCUGGAGAAGACUGCCGGAGAGCAAAAAACAAAAAACGGAGAAACAGAUUUAUUCACUCAGUCAGAAACACGUCUGAGUGUGAAAUGGAGAUUAGGAAGAAGAAAAGAAGAAGAAGAGCAGAUCUCAUGUUGGACAGCGCGUUCAGAUUUCUCAGAUUUUAUUUUUGUACUUGUACAUUUGAAUAUUAUCAGUUGCAGUCGAAAUAUCCACCCAGGAUCCCACAUAAGUGUCGUUGUAUAAAAAGACAUAACGAGUGUAACACUACAGCGGCGGUAGUGUGGUUUGUAAAACAGGCCAUGGUCCACAUCUUCUCUCCUCAGACUGAUGCGUCACAUGACACGGACACGGGAAAAACCUCUGCUCUUUAUCCAAUCAGAAGUGUACAGGAAAACAUGAAAACUCAUCAAUGGAACUCCAACUCUGUGGUGGUCAAACAGUUCAGCCAGCAUGCUUGCACCUAAAACUUGAGGAUGACGGCGAUGAAGUCUAUAGUGUAUUUUUAGGAGAUGACCUUAAAUCAACAUCACUCUGUUUUGUUUUUUUUUGUCAGCAGUUAGGUCAUCUGUGUAUGUACCGGUUGCCAAUCAGUGUAUGUGAAUGUACAAAUGUUUUUAUGUUUUAAUGAUUUGUUCGUCUGUUUGUUUGUCUGUCUAUUUGAGUUUUGCAAACAGAAAAAGCGGGCUCAGUUGAACUGAAGCUCCGUAGAUAUUUGCAGUAGCCCGUCAAGUGAACAACUCCAUUUGUCCGUCCUGGCUCCACCCGGCCCAUCCAACCGCUUCCCGAAAAUUAUUUACCCGUAAAUCACAUUACUGCUAAAGGGGAGGAGAGCGCGUAUCGUCUGCACAGACCAGACGAGAGCACUCUGUUAUAUAACCACAGUUUGUAUCUCUUUGGGAACAACUUUAUGUGUACUUUGCAUGCAUGCUGUCACACAUCUGAAGUGUUCUAAGGGUCCAUAUUUCUUUUUUUUUAUUUUUUAUCAAGUGCCAAUGAAGCAUGCCAGCCCGAGUUUGUUGGCCAGUUGAGAUGUCAACUGACGGGGAGAUCUCACCCGACCACCACCACCACCACCCGUUUUUCCUCACACAGACUAUAAGAAGCCUAUCUAUCUGCGUGGGUCUAGUUUUUUUGACCAAGUGCCAAAAGAUCCUGUCGAAAUUGUUCACUAAUGUGUCAAAACAAAAAAAACAAAAAAAAAAAAAAAUCGGUUUAUGCUUUACAGAGGGAGCAAAACUUCUCGUAUUUGGAGAGUAGAGCCGGUUAAAGUUGAAGCUUGCGUAACUGGAACGGCGAGUUUUUUGGAAACUCGUGAAAGGUACGAAACAUAAGCGGGAGAAAGGAGAUCUACGUUUAAAAAAAACAAAAACAAAAAAAGAGUAUGUUUCAUGUCAUGUGGAUGCGUCUUAAACCAAAAUGUCACGAGCUUAAAAGGAUGAUGUAACCUUCCAACCUUCUAGCUGGAUGACGACAAACUGUAGAUCCCAUCCUCCGGACAGGCGAGGUCAUUUUCUUCCGAGAUAUAUGUUUGCUUGUUGUUUACAUCAAGUACUUGAACAUAGGUAGAAUAAAUAAAAAUUCAAAAAAAGGUUUGCACAGUAUACUGCAGUUGUGUGCGUUGAGAGCAUGACAAACACCAGUAGUGGGUGAAAGGUGCUUCUUUUCUCUGUGGCCUUAGAUACCCACCUGCUUAGUGUUCCUGAUCUUAUUAGUCGUCGACUCGGCAGCACAGUCCGUUCCCUGCUUUUUUUUUUUUUUUUAGUGAUACCUGGCCCCUGGAUCCUUUUUGCUGAGAACUGUCUUAGCGAGAUAAAGUUAAAAAAAAAAAAAAAGGAAAGGUGAAGAGGGUACGACCCGGGCUCAGGCAGACAUUGCCUCGCUCAGCACUCGGCUCGCCUGAGCCGUUUGAAGAAGAAGUGUCGAGAAAUGAGGAGAGGGAGGGAGAAGAGGUAGAAAGAGAGAGAGAGAGAGAGAGAGAGAGAGAGAGAGAGAGAGAGAACCCCUUUAGCUCUAGUUUCCUGCUCCGGGUUUUGAAGCUGCUCUUUGAUCUGAGUCGGUUGUGUGCACAGUAUGAUCAGGAGAUGGAAAAAAAAAACAUCAAACUAACAGGCGAGGAGAAAUAUAGGAUGAGACAUGCUAUUACUGUGUCUGGCCAGUGGGGGCAGAGGUGGGGACGAGUUGUCGUGAUUUGUUCCCUCGUCUGAAAAAAGCACCUUGUCACUCCCUAUAAUAAACAUCUAUCGGUACACAAAGGCGCACUUAUACAGUACACACACACACAACAUAAAGCUUCUUCCUUUUGAUUAAGGUGUCUUCCCAAUUUCAGCAAAUAGAAUUGUAUCCUCCUUCAUACCUCACAUUGCUUGUAUGGAGUAAUGCUUUUUAUCAUUUUAACUGGACCUAAAUGCCUUUUUUGUGUGUGUGUGUUUUUCUUUUUUUUGCAAGACAAAGAAGAAUUGUGACAAAUGUAAUCAGAGGCACACAAAUUGUUUGGAGAGUGGCUUUGAUUUAUUUUUUCCUCUCAGAGAUCGUUUAUAUCAGGAUUUUCCUUUUUUGUCUUGCGUGAGAUUUUAUUUUUUUGCAUGCGUUUUUAAUUCCCGGUUUAAUCUCCGCCUGGUAUUCCGUAUCGAUCCGCGCCGUCAUUUAAAUCGAACUGCGAUUCUUCUUCCCACUUGUACACUCGUCUGAAAUCACAGCUGAAUGCACCUUUUUUUUAUGUGAAAGAGAUUUUGUUUUGUUUUUUAAAUUACUAGAUAUAGCUCGUUUCCAUGCUGUAACACUUAUUUCUGGGACUAUUUUGAUUCAGUUUGAACUGAGAAAAGUUUGUUUACUCUUUCUGCAGCGCAGAAUCCCGUUUGACUGCCAGUUGAUGUGAGAUGUGGAGAGACGCUCACGAACACACAACCUCAUUUCAGCUCGAGCUGAUUGCUAACUGAAGAUGCGUGGUGCACUUUUUUUUUCAGUCUAAACGUGGAGCCGAAAAAGACGGUGUUGUGUUUUUUUGACUGGCACGUGUCAUUCCUUAUACAACAUUUCACAUUUUAUCAGCCUUUAUUUUAUUUUUUUAUUUGCUUUACGGCAGAUGAAUUGAAAUCCAGAUCAAUGUAUUACUCUCAAAGUCAAAAUAUCACCAAGUAUAAAACGAGUAUCCUUCCAUUUUAAACACAUUGUAAACAAACCCUUUGUAGACACUGGAGUUCUGUAAAAUAGUAAUUACUGGCAAUGAUGAUGACGAUGAUGAUGAUGAUGAUGAUAAUAAUAAUGGCUGUCUGUUCUUCUUGUUUUAUAAAAGUGUUGUGAAAAUUGUAAGAAACUUAAAGUAUUUAAAAAAAAAAGGUUGUUCUCUUGUUUUGUUUUGUUUUUUAUUUGCUUUGGUUUUGUUAUGAUAAUAUAUUAUUGUGUACCUAUUGUAAAUAUGAAGCACACCUAUUUUGCAAGCCAAGGAUUCACUUUGUACUGUUGUUAUA